CCGCAUCAUUUUCACGCUUUUAACAGGCCCGCCUACCAAUGCCUGGCUAUAAAUAUUACAAUAGGGUGAUCGGCGCAGAUCGGUUUCGACAAGGGUGAGGUAAAAAAUAAAACACAAAAUUAACCUCACAGAAAAUGCAGGCACAAUUUACUGCUUUUUGGUAACUGGAACAUCAUGCUAUCCACGAAGAAUCCGCUGUGGACAAUUGGGAGAAAUAGUUGAGGAGGCUACUGGAGGUAAUUUACUCGAGAAAAAAAACAUGACCGUUCAGUGGUAAAAAUAGUCAACAGAAACACGAGGUUGAAAAGGAUGGGCCUGGGAUUUUGACACCUCUGGCCGUCAGUCUCCGAGUGAGGGGCGUGCCAAACGAGCGCCAACAUCGCCGUCCGUGAUGACACCGUGCCGACGGUAAACCAGCCAGUCACAGGCCAGGCCAAGCAUCUAUUCUAUAGACUGCUCUAGAGACAGGCCGGUCUUGGAGAUACACAUCACGCACGGUUCGGUCGGGACUUGAGCGCACCGUGUACUUCAACAUCACUGCAUUGCGUGCACGGCGUGAUGCUGGCCUUAUAACUGUAUCUCUCGAAACACCGACCAGCAAAUUACACUGCGAUAGUGCGACUGGUAUUUGUGGACUACCACGCACACGAGACCAAAAAUUACUCGUGCUGAUUUUACCGUGCCCUUGCCCGGCGAAGGGGGAAAGUUAUGCCCACGGGUAACGGAGUGGAAUUUUCACCCGUGUUUACGCAUUUAAGGACUGAUUUUCAGCUCUUUUAUUUCGUCCCUACAUUUUUACGACCUGCAGGUUUGAGUCUUCGGAAUAAGCUGUCUUGAUCGACCAGCUAGCAGGGGACUCCUAUUGGACAGUGCGUGCCAAAUAACCAAUCAAGCUGCGUGCCUCAUUACUCCAGCGGUGUUCCUGUCUCGGCUUCGUCGGAGCUGGAGUCGAAUGAGUUACUCGGAUCCCAGCAGGAAGUACGGGAGACUGGUUAAAUCCAGACCUGGCGCAGUUGUUCGCUAGUCCGCAGCGGCAGCAGCGGUGAUACCUCUGACCGUACUUGGCCGUGUCUGCACGGUAGCUGGCCGGCGCGGCAGACACCGCACGCAUCAACUCCAUCUUCGGGACUCUAACCUCCCGGACUUUCUUUUCGCAUGAAGCAAGCCGAGCUCCCGUCCACUUUCCCCGCCAUGGCCUACGCACCGAUACUGCCCCCGCGGCUGAGUGACUUCUCGGUGAACUCGUUGCUAACGCAGCCGCACUUCUUCCCGGGCGUGUUCCGGGGCCACAGCUUACCGGGUGCACCGGGGGCCAACGCGAGCAGUGUGCCGACCGGCUUCCCUGUGCCCAAACUGGGCGACCUGCACAACCCGUACACGGCGCUACAGGCCGACCUGUUGGCGGCGCACAACCACAGGCACACCAUGCAACAAAUCCACGGCAUCGAGCCCCAGGAAAGCGACACGGACGACCCUCAAGUCACGCUGGAAUCCAAGGAACUCUGGGAUCAAUUUCACAAAAGGGGGACGGAGAUGGUCAUCACUAAAUCCGGACGGCGAAUGUUCCCUUCCUUCAAAGUUCGAGUCUCGGGCCUCGACAAGAAGGCCAAAUACAUCCUACUCAUGGACAUCGUGGCCGCCGAUGACUGCCGCUACAAGUUCCACAACUCCCGCUGGAUGGUAGCGGGCAAGGCCGACCCUGAGAUGCCAAAGCGCAUGUACAUCCAUCCCGACUCGCCCAGCACCGGCGAACAGUGGAUGCAGAAAACGGUCUCCUUCCAUAAGCUCAAACUCACCAACAACAUCUCAGACAAGCACGGCUUUACGAUUUUAAAUUCGAUGCACAAAUACCAGCCUCGCUUCCACAUUGUCAAGGCCAACGACAUUUUGAAAUUGCCAUGGAGUCACUUCCGGACUUUCGUCUUCCGAGAAACCGACUUCAUCGCCGUCACUGCCUACCAGAACGAAAAGGUCACACAGCUCAAAAUCGACAACAACCCAUUCGCAAAAGGGUUCAGGGAUCAAGGAUCGGGCAAACGAGAGAAGAGGAAAUACACGUCAGCAAAUUACGAGCUGGACCACAGGGACCCAGAUGACGGGGCUAGCGAUCAGGAGCCGGAGGCUGGCGAAGUCAGCACGACUAAUUCCGAAAAGCACGAAGACAAAGUUUUGUCACAUCACGAGAGAGAUGUCGCUGCACGACUAGCCGCCGAUCACGACGAGGUUACGGAGCUGCUUCGCCGUAGGGCAGAGAACGAGAGACGGUGCCAUGAGACAAAGCUGGAGGAUGUGGAGAUGAGGGAUGUCAGCCGGGAAAAAAUCCCCACCCUCGGGGAGAGACGCCCCCAUGAGGACAGCGUGGGAUUAGGAAGCAAAUCGGACACUGAGGAUCGUAUCACGGGUAGCCGGAAACCGGACAGCGGCAGGGACUCUGAUAAAAGUGACUUGUCCUCGUCGUCAGGGCAGAAAGGGAGUGGGUCGCCCGGGUCCGUGCUAAACCCGUUCCACGCGGCAGCCACGGGGCACGGCCCGCACCCGCCCGUGGUCACGCCGGUCUACCCGACGCCGCAUCCAUUUUUCCUCCACCCUCAGAUGGCCCUUCCAGGUAGUGUAGCCAACCUGGGUGCCAUGUCUCACAUGAUUCCCUUCGUGUCACAGUCGUCUGGUUCCUAUUCACCAUCAUCACAUCACUGUCUAGACGUUCAUUCGGCGUUUGCCCUGAGCGCUCACCAGAGCCUCUUGGCCUCACAAUCCAGUCUGGCCGCGUCUGGUUUUGGACUCUACUCAGACCCCUCAGCGUUGAGCCAGGCCUACGCGAGCAAUGCCUGCACCGGUGCAAUAUUCAGCGGUCACCCGCGAUUCAGGUUUUCGCCCUACGCCUUGCCGGCUACCAGUACGACCAUGGUGACCACAGCUAGCCCAUUGGCCAGCACGCUGCCCUACGAAAACUCGCUCCACUCCUCUACUUUACUUGGACACUCGGCCAAUUCACCUACAAUUAGCGCCUCCAAGGGCUCCACGAGCCCCAGCGCCUCAGUAGUAAGCUCGGCAGCCAGUGAGCUCCAGAGUAUACAGAGGAUGGUCAGUGGGCUCGAAAAAGAGCCCAAGUGACGCUUUCGAGAUUAGUAGUGAUGUCAACUGCAGAUGAGAUAACUCUGAUAGCAAAAGAAGAAAUAUUGCACAAAGAACUUAAACAAGGUAUAUUGAAAAUCAAAUGUUACUUUGUACUGGUAGAGUGCACCAGAAACUAAGCGCAAAGUAACUUUGGAAUAUUUAAGAACUCUGAAAUACCCAGCUAGAUGAUCUUUCUAGCAGAAUCAAAUUUUUGAUUAUUUACUAAUGUGAGCCAUGCGCCCGCAGUGAUCUAAUUUCUUUUGUUUCUGUUUUUGUCGUAGUGGUGCUUUGUCUCAAUAUUAACAGAACAAAACAAGAAGAGAAUGCAGAAUGUGUAUUAAAUGGCCUUUUAGCCUGAUGUACAUUACAUGUAGGUCCCGAUAGUGUAGCUCAAACGCUCGAUGUUGAAGGUUUCGUGCGCCGUGGUGCAGUGAACCCACGGAGCGAGCUUUGCCUUGUAGUUGUUUGUAGCAGAACGUUCUUUGUUGUCAACAGCGACCAUUAGAAUUUUCUUCAAAUUUGUUGUCAGUUUUCAAGUCUCCUUGCCUUUUUUGAUAUUGAAAGCGACAUCAGACCCAGUUGAGUGGGUGAUUCGCAUUCAGUCUUAGAAAUCAUGUGGAAUCGAUGGUUGUAGCGUCAAUAGACCCUGGGACAGAGCUCCUGUGAUUCCCGUGUCCGAACAGGGAAAAGCCUGGGAUGAAUUUUCGUCAGUCGCCGACGUAUUGACAGGGUGUUACACGAUCAGUUAGGCGUCGCACAGUCCUCCGCGUUGGCCUGAGGGUUUUGUCCGUUAAUCGGGAUUCCAGUCUUUAAAUUUAGGUCAGAAACAUUGCUUUUAGGGGUUCAAAACCUUUGGGUUCAAACACCUUGGAUGUGUGGGUGAGUGUCGCAGGCUGCGCAGACCAACACGUGUAUUUUCAUGGCACCAACACGUGCCAUGACAUGGCGGGCCGAAUCGUUGGGAUGAUCGCUAAAUAUCUCAUCCGUGCUUAAGAAUUGCCCCCAAACGUGCUUAAUUCUAAGGUCAAACAGCCAUCUUUGCUUCUUCCAAUAAGUAUUUCGAAUGUUGUAGGAAUUGCCGUUCAUGGUUAGUGUGUCUUGUUGAUGCAUGUGCAGUUCGUUUCGAUGACAGUUUAUGUCGGUCGUUUAAUUUGUGAAAAUGGGUUUCGAUACAAGCGAACUUUUUUGAAACACUUUGUACAGCGUAAUCAUCUUACAAUCUGCAGGUUGGUGUCUACAAAUGGUAAACAUGGAAAUACUUAACAACGAUGCAUUGCAACUGAUGUUAGGUGACUAUUCUUUGAGAAUGGGAGGGUUAUUGGCCCAGUGUUCAAAGCUGUGCUGAUCGGGAUAUCCAGUGAUGUUUCUGCAUACCCUUAGAAUCACUUGAAGAAAGCGUUUAGUUUGUAACAUUUGUAACUACAAAAGUAGAAAGACAAAUUCUUUAUAGUUUAUUCCUGUUUCAGAUCCAUCCCUUUUCUCCUGAACAGACAAACGAGUUUACUGAUGACGGUACAUGUAUUGGGGAUACGAUCAUUAUGAUAUCUGAUUGAUUCGGACAUCAGCCAAACUGAACCGUUCUCCUUGAGAAAUGUUGACAAUAUCCUCUUCGUGUAUUUACAUGUUGAAUAAAUCGGGUAUAAUUAAGAAAAAGACAUCGAAAACAUGUGCAUAAUGCUGCCGUGGGUACGCUGUGUUUGUUGAGGAGCGAAAGUUAAUGAUUUCAAAUUUAAAACAAAAAUGAAAAGACUCAAGAAAAUCACUGUACAUAUACUUUAAAUGGUGUUGGAUAUAUUUAUGUUUUGUAAGAUAGAUCAAAUUACUGGCAAUUUCUGCAAGUAAACAGAGUUGUUGUACAUUCAGGUUAUUUAUGAGAUAGUUCGUUAAUAUAUUAAAUGCAGUUAAUGUUACAGUAUGUCGUCCGCCAAAAACAAGCUUCAACCUUUUUUUUCCAAUUUGAGGUUUUUAGAAACAAUACACCAGUGUACGCUGGGUAAAUUUCUCAAUGACCUAAAGCUGAGAAAACAUGUUCUUAGAUCACAAGUUGUCCAACGAUUUCCGGUUUUUUGUUUUGUUUUGUUUUUUGGUUUUUCCCCCAACUUGUACUCGAGCUGACGUAUGACCUUGAUGUAGUUCAAUUCACCCAUGAUAUAUGAAACUGCUAUCUGAAAACGACGGUUUGAUUACGUAUGAAGACAUUUGGAGAAAUUUGGAAUAGAAUGACCCCUUCAAGUUAUACAAGGUUCGUUGUCUUUUUACCAAGACGUGAAAUCAAUUGACUUUCAGACCAAACAAGGCAAUAUUUAUUGUUUAUGUAUAGAAUCACAGGUCUACUUUUGAUCUUGUCAGUAUUCUUACUACUUAUUUUGUUCUUUUAUUAUCUUCAUGUGUUGUUAAUUAACAAUCCACAAGUGAGUUAUUCUCACGUGACCGUUAAUAGGGAAUGUCCGUUUAGUGUACAUUUUGUACUGUAUAUUGAGAUCCAACUCUUAGAAAUUGGAGGGAAAAUCAUGAGACAGAGAAUACCUCUCGUGGCGAUUAACCAUAAAAGCCCGGAAGCGGGCAGUGCCAAAUUAAAGAACAAGAAAACGUGGUGUAAAAAUA